ACGUCGUAUCUUCAACGAACGCUACCUGUCAGUCUUCUUCUACUCAACAAACUUUCUCCGAAGAAACAUAAGAAGGAAUAAAUAAUCUAAUCUUUAAAACCAAAACCAAAUCUUUUCCCAGAAAAUUUGGCACCAAAUUUUCCUUUCAUUUUCUCGAGAAAAUGGAGAACUCGACGCAAGAAUCCCAUCUCCGCCCUGACAAUUCGGUAACCUAUGACUCCCCUUACCCUAUGUACGCCAUGGCUCUUUCCUCGACCCAAACCCGAAACCGACACCACCGAAUCGCCGUCGGAAGCUUCAUUGAAGAAUUCUCCAACCGGGUCGAUCUUCUCUCAUUCGACCCGGAAACCCUAACCCUAAAUUCGCAGCCUUCGCUCUCCUUUGAUCACCCUUACCCGCCCACGAAGCUCAUGUUCCACCCUUCCACGCUCCAGAAGUCAUCCGACGUUCUGGCCUCCUCCGGCGACUAUCUCCGCCUCUGGGAGGUUCGUGAUAACUCGAUCGAACCCAUCUCGGUCCUCAACAACAGCAAGACCAGCGAGUUCUGUGCUCCCCUGACGUCGUUCGACUGGAACGAGAUCGAGCCGAGGAGAAUCGGGACAUCUAGCAUCGACACUACAUGUACCAUUUGGGAUAUCGACAAAGGCGUCGUUGAAACGCAGCUGAUUGCUCACGAUAAAGAGGUCUACGAUAUCGCUUGGGGUGAGGCAAGGGUCUUUGCUUCGGUUUCGGCUGAUGGGUCAGUCAGAAUUUUCGAUUUGAGGGACAAAGAACACUCCACCAUCAUUUAUGAGAGUCCUCAGCCUGAUACCCCUUUGCUUAGAUUGGCUUGGAAUAAGCAGGAUUUGAGGUAUAUGGCAACAAUUUUGAUGGAUAGUAAUAAAGUUGUUAUUUUGGACAUAAGGUCGCCUAGUAUACCGGUGGCUGAGCUAGAGAGACACCGUGCCGGAGUUAAUGCCAUUGCUUGGGCUCCUCAGAGUUAUAGACAUAUCUGCUCAGCCGGGGAUGAUAGUCAGGCCCUCAUUUGGGAGUUACCCACUGUGGCUGGACCCAAUGGCAUCGACCCCAUUUCUAUGUUCUCUGCUGGCUCUGAAAUCAACCAGUUGCAGUGGUCUGCUGCUCAGCCUGACUGGAUUGCCAUCGCGUUUUCUAACAAAAUGCAGCUUUUGAAAGUUUGAGGCACGGAUGGGGGAUGAAGAUGAGGUUGACGUAGACCAAACAAAGUCGGUGUUUAGUAAAUAUUUCUCAUUAACUGGUCAGAUAUGUUCUGAUGUUUUAGGAAGAGACGUAGUUCUCGCUUAUAGCUUGUCUUCGACAGUGUAAUUUGUCUUCCUAGGGAUUCAAUAUAUUGCUUGAUUACACUGUUUCUGGCUUGGUUGUAGGUGUAGUUUUGUGUACCUUAUCCUGUUCUUCACCACAAUCUUGGUGUUAUAUGUAGGGUUGGCUCUCCUCUAAUCUCUUUAUCUGUGUUCUUGACAGUUAACAAUGUUUUACAGAAAGAAAAAGAUUAAAGGUAAGAGUAAUUCAGUGCAAGAUAAAGUCAAUAUAUUCUUCUCUCCCAAUAGACUCCAGCUUCAAUUUUGAGUA